CCUCUGCCACACCGAAAACCCCGUAUAAAACUCGCACCGCCCUCCCACGGAUCAAACCACCCCUCGAAAAGCCGCGGAAAAGGGCAGGAAAAAGGAGGGAGGGCGGGAUGGACGCGUUCAUGGACUCGGUGGGCUCCAUCUUCCGCGGCGGCGACGUCCUUCCCUGGUGCGACCGCGACAUCAUCGCCGGUUUUGAGAGGGAGAUUGCUGAGGCAGCAAAUGAAGAACAGAAAAAUGACAGCCUUAUGAGGCUUUCCUGGGCGCUGGUUCACUCUAGACAGCCUGAAGAUGUCAACCGGGGCAUCGGGAUGCUUCAAGCUUCAUUGGACAGGCCUAGUAGCCCGCUGCAAACAAGGGAGAAGCUCUAUUUGUUGGCUGUUGGACACUACAGAACUGGGGAUUAUACAAGAAGCCGGCAGCUUUUGGAAAGAUGCUUAGAGAUUCAACCUGACUGGAGGCAAGCCCUGACUUUGCAAAGGCUCGUUGAAGAAAAAACCAGAAGAGAUGGUAUGAUUGGCAUGGCUAUCAUCACUGGCGCCUUUGGACUUGUGGGACUUGUUGCUGGUGGUAUAAUUGCUGCUGCCUCGUCGUCAUCCUCAUCCAGGAAGAAAUGAGGAUGUUUUGUGAAGUUAAUAAGAAAUCAAGAUGGGCAAAAACUUGAUGACAAGCAGACAUCACUUUUGUGCUUCAUGUGAAGUUUUUUUUUUUGGGUACUCUUUACGUGUGACACCAGCCUUCUGUUCAUACGAGAGAGAUGUAUUGUUAACAUGAUAGUAGUCAGUAGAGGAUGAGGCCCUGUGAAUCGGUGAUCGUGUUGUUCCAACAUUUGGACUGUUGUACUCUGUCGCCGCAGAACAUGCUGUCACCAUAUAAUAAGAGAAUACAGUCAUACACAAUAAUUUGAUACUAGAUUUGUUCA